AAAAAUUUCCACUCCUAGUUCGAAUUCGAGAAUCUCUCGACGCCGCUGCCACCACCACCUCCUCUUUAUAUACGGAAGCCCUGAACUCUGCCUAUAAAAGGCUUUCGGCGGAAAUUCCAUAAGUGAAAGUGUCGUGAGAAAAAUUAUCGACUGACUUAUAAACACUACUUAUUUUUGGACAUGUCAAUUAAUGAUCGUUGGCACGUUCUUUAAACUAUAACUACUUUAUUCAAGAAUAUCUUUUAAGUAAAUCCCUUUUUGUUUUCUUGAAUUUUCAUCGACUUCACUCCACCAUGAAAAAAACCAGAGGAUUUAGGCUGGUAAAGGUGUUCAAAUGGUUUACUCACCGGAGAACUGGAGUCUCCUACCAGCGGCCGGCAUCUGGCAGCGCCACCAGGGCCAUCUCAAAGGUCUACAACUGGUGCCGCUCUUUGAAGCAUGGAGCUAAAAGGAUUUGCUUAGGGAAACAUAAGUCCGGUUACAUUCUGGUCGGGGAAGAACCGCUGGAGCCAAAGAACCGGGUGAGUGUGCCCAAGGGGCACUUGGCUGUCUACGUGGGCGAUGAAGAAGAUGACGCGUGUCGAGUUCUUGUGCCAGUGAUAUACUUUAAUCAUCCAUUGUUUGGUGAGUUACUGAGAGAGGCUGAGAACAUUCAUGGGUUCAACCAUCCGGGUGGGAUCCAGAUUCCUUGCAGGAAAUCCGAAAUUGAGAAUGUUAAGAUGAAGAUCGCCGCCGCCGGUAGCAGCGAUGGUGGUGGCAACCGCCGUAGGAGACGGAGUUGGAGAAACAAGUACCAAUGAUUCAUUUUUACCACUUUGAAUUUUCUUCGUUAAUUGUUGGUCCACUCAUGUACAAAUGUUUUGACUCUUUUUCAAUAGUAAAUUUCAUAGCUAUUGCUUAAAUAAUAAAUUUUUCAUUACUUUCAAUUUAGCACAUAAUUAAUAGUUGGUCAAAACCUCGUUUAAAU